AUGAACAGAACGCUACUCGGUUUAGUUGACAAUAAACGAUACGUAGCGGCUGGAUUGAUGAACGCACAGGGAAACCGGUCUCUCAAUCGUCUGAUGACGAAUUCGGUGCCUCCGAGUAGCAUGGCUGGUGACGAAAGGGGGAACAGCGCGCGUUGCUCGGGUAAGAACGGUGAUGAUGCGGGAAAAGAUGGCGGCAGCAAUAAAUCUGCAAAAGUCAGUGCACAUAGCCCACCGCGUAAACCGGCUCCUAAAGCUGCCAAGACGAGGGUCACAAUAGGGAUGCGACUAAAGAAAUGGGUCGUUACUGGCAGGAUUGGCGCGGGUUCAUUUGGCGAAACGUUUACUGCCGUAGAAGUUGACAGGAGCAGUGCUCGUAGCGAGGAUCUGGAUCUGGCGCAUGGGGCAUCCUCCCAUGGACUCACAGACCUCCCUACGACUUCAGGCGAGGAAGUUUGCAUCAAAGUGGAACAGGAAAACAAAAAUGUUUUGCGAGUGGAGGCAGCAGCACUGAAGAAGAUGCAACCCUGUCCCUAUGUCGCGCGCUACCUAGGCAGCGGAAACUCUGCGGGAAUGAACUUCAUAGUUAUGCAGCGGUUAGGGCCAAAUCUUGCGGAUCUCCGCCGUAGCACUCCGCAAUGCAUGUUCAGUAUCCACACCACACUCCAUCUUGGAAUAUCGUGUUUGAAGUGCAUACAGGGUGUACACGAGUUGGGUAUCGUCCAUCGGGACGUCAAGCCCUCUAACUUUGUUAUCGGUUUAGGUGGCUCUUCCGACCCUCGGCAGUGUUAUAUUGUCGACUUUGGGUUAGCGCGCCGCUUCCGCCGCCCUACUGGCGAGGUGAGACCACCGCGAGCCAACGCUGGAUUCCGUGGGACAAGUAGGUAUGCCUCCCUGGCGUCGCACCGACAGCAGGAACUAGGCCGCGUCGACGACAUAUGGAGUUUAUUGUUUAUGCUCAUCGAAUUCAUCACGGGAACUCUUCCGUGGCGUAAGCACAAGGAAAAGGAGGAUAUUGGACAAUGCAAAGAACAAGUUAUUGGACCGGAACUGAUCAAAAACCUACCACAGGAGUUCGGGCCAUUCCUGGAACACCUUCAGACGCUCAAAUACGAGGACGAACCAAAGUAUGAUAUGUUAUUCUCCCUAAUGGAGCGGGCUAUGGAACGUGGUGGCUACCCUCGAAACCAACGCCUCGACUGGGAACCAGAAGAAGAGGAUACACCACCCGAUGACGUCCCCCUCAGUUCAACAGGGUCGCUCAAUAGUGAGACCACAAGCUGUGUCAAUGAUGUGGAUAGUGGGUGUUUCAUAGAGAAAUUUACGAGCAAAGAAUCGUCUCCAAAGGGCAGAUUAUUGCCACCGCCACCGCCUUCACGUCGGUUCAUGCCCCCACCAAACGCCGCAAACGCUGCUGUUAAGCGACCCACAUCUGCAGGCCGCCUCAUGCCCCCCUCGCCGCACAUUGGUGAAAAUGAGGAUAAAUAUAUACCUGGAUCGACAAGACAGGAGGAGUUGCGGAGUAACAUUAGAAUGAGCGACAUUCAUGUCUCACUUGACAUAACCAGGUGUGACGGUGGUAUGAAUGAUGCAACGGCCCUGUCAGUGUCACCUACGAAUCCUCCUCCUCCUCCUCCUCCACCUCUACCUCCGGCACCCCUUGCAAAGAAUGGCGGCAAUAACCGUCGGCGAAAAAAGAAGAGAAGGGGAGGUGCUGCCAACAGGGACAGGUGUAAGGAAAGGCAUGCGACAUUAGAAGUUUCCGAAGAUUUGGAUGUAGGUUCCACCUUCUCACCAUGUGAAGUGGAAAGUUCACCACGGAAUAGACGUCGAGGGCCCCCCGACCAGGCUGUGGCCCAUGUGGCGAUAGGGGGCAUACAAAAUACACGGGGGCAUUCCGCAUCACCUGAGCCACCGCCUCCUUUUCAACGGGAGGCUAAACAGGGGGCAACGUUAGAAACAAAGAGCAUUCCUUCCCGCUCGCCGACUGUGCAGAAUGACAACAAGUUGGUCAGAGCGGAAGGAUCAGUAGGAAAACGAAGAAGAAAAGAGGGGUCUACCUGUACAUGCCAUUGCAUGUGA